UGACUCAAGAGAAAAGUCCUUGGUUGAAAGUGUGUAAAAUCGGUAUAUAGACAAACACAAAUAAUGAGAUAAUACUAGUAUAAUACGGGCAUGUAUCCGACGAGUAAAACUCGUUCCAGGCCGUCCGCUCGUGGGCGUAGGAUAACCGGAGCUUUGUUGUUAUCAUUGGUGUGCUUAUGUACCACUGGGGUCGUUAUUUACGCCAUCAAAAAACUAGCGGAAAACGAAAUUAGCAAGAAGACGAAAAGCAGUCCGUCCGUUCGCACUUUCACCAAUAACGAGGCCCAAGGGAGACUAGGGCCGACCAGCCUGAAAUACGAGGAUCCGCGCAUGCUCAGUGAGGUUUCCUUAAAGGAGGGUUUCCAAAUAUGGAAUGUGCCUCAGAGCGGGCUCUGGAAACUAGAGGCGCGUGGCGCUUCAGGCGCAGAUGGGCUUUUGAAGGGCGGAAAGCGCAUGCGUGGAGGAUGGGGUGCGCUGGUCAGUGGAGCGUUCCUCCUCAAGAAAGAUGAAAAGCUAAGGAUCUUGGUUGGUCAAGAGGGGUCACGAGAUUUCUUGCAUCCGCAGCGCCCUGGAGGGGGUGGAGGGGGAACGUUUGUCGUAAAGAUGGACGGGACGCCGCUUCUCAUAGCCGGAGGGGGAGGGGGUGGGGGUAUCCCCCCUCCUGCAGCUUUUCAGACCGAGGGGAACGGAGGCCGCGACAGCGACAGGCUUCCAAAAGGCGACAAAGUGAGCGGGCAUGCUGGGAGUGGGGGAAAACUGCUGGACACAAGCACUGAUAGACUGAUCAAAGAUCAUAGCGGAGGACAUAAAGUGAUCGCGGGCGCAGGUGGUGGUCUAAAGGGUCGCGGAGGGGGAUACGGCCCGCAUUGGGGAGGAAGGAGUCUCGCUGAGGGCGGGGCAGGGGGAGAGCCGACUCCUAAGUACACGGACCACACCCAUGGGGCGCAUGGGGUUGGUGGAUUCGGUGGAGGGGGUGCGGCGGGGCUGCUGCCCGGGGGCGGAGGGGGGUACUCUGGAGGUGGGGUCAGUGGGUGCUGGUUGCAAUGUGACCCUGGGCAUGAAGCAGGUACGGCCGAGGGCGGUAGUUUAUUCAACGCUGGGAUGCAGCCUGAAGGCAAGGCGAACACUCAUAAAGGACAUGGGGUCGUCUAUGCUAAGCUGCUUUCUGCUGAUUGAGGCGAAUGUGGAUAGCAUUGUGUUUUAACUAUCAUCAUCUUUACACAAACGUCACUGAAUAUGUAUGAAUAAGAGCUACUCAUUUUA